GGGCGGGUCGCCGGCGGCCGUUACCCGACAGGCGCCGGGGCUGCUCCAGUGGUGCCACGGGCUCGGAGCCGACGCGGAGAGGCGGCAGCGGCGGCGGCCGUCGAGCGGCUCCGAGGUGCAACGGACGGAGACGCAGCGCGGCAGAUUAUAUAUCUUUGAGUGAUGCAGGCCACUGUAGUACUGGAGACAGCAUCUGGUAAAGGCUACCACGGUGAUGGAGGCAACCUCCAAAAAGAUAAACCUUCGAAUCCUAAGAAAGAAAAUUUGUUAUUAUCCUCCAAUGGUUGUGAUGAAGUCAAAUUGACUUUUCCUGAUGAUGACUGGGAUUCUUCGACACUAGAGCAAAGCACUAAUAAUAAAGAAAUUAGCGAUAUUGACAAAACGGAUUCAGUAGAACCAUUUUUUUCAGUGAGUCAAGAUACUAACAGAGAGAGUACUCACUUUCAGUCAUGUGAACUUGGAGACAGUACUGACUAUACUCUCUUGAAGGAAAUAUAUUCUAUACAUUAUCCAGAGUCAAAACUAAAGAAGGAAAAUCUUACUCCUGUAAGUUCAGAGUUAGAUCCUGAAGUGCAGAAAAAAGAGGAGAUGUUUUUUCAUAUUUUGAAACAUCAAAAGACUGAUGGCUUGGAAAGAAUCUGUAAUAUUUCAGAGACUAAUUGUAAAGAAACUGAUGAAGAUACACAAAAGUAUGAUACAGAUGAAGACUCACAGCAGGAAUAUCACAGUGCAGAAGAACAAGAAUACUUAAGUAACCAUUUAUCUUUUGACCAAACAAAAACAUUAGGUAUAUGUAAUCUGGAAGUUGUUGAACUAGGAAGUUCAGGUUAUGAAGUUAAAUGUGCUAGCAAUGGAGAAGAUAAUCAUGGUAACUCGGGAAGUGGUUCUAUCAUCUCUUUAGAUUCACUUGAUGUUUAUGGACAAGAAAAUUUACCUCAUGUCUCCAAAUUUCAGAAUUCUGUUAUGUUAAGGGAAUAUCAUGACCUAAAGGGUGAAAAGUGUAAGGAACAAGAGACUAGUUCAAUGUGCCACACAGUUUUUGAUGGCAGUGUACUAAGAAGCAGUUCUUCAGGAAACCAGGAACCUCAAUCUAAGAGUGGUUCCUUAAGCCCCCCAAAAGUAUUAAAAAUGAAAAUUUAUACUGAAAAAAUGAAAUCUCAAGUAAAUGAAAGUAAAGAUUUUUGUGGAAAUAAAAUUGUUGAGAACAAAAUAUUACAGCACCUUGGAAAUCCUAUCACACCACCACAACAUAAAGCUUUAGAGACAUUACUCCAACCCUGUAAAGAUCGUCAAACUUCCUGGCCCUCUGUUUUUGAUGAUUCAAUAAUUUCUUCCUGGGAAUAUUCACAUUAUAAAAGCCUGCAAAACACCCCUGACUCAGCCUUAGAUUUUUCUGUUACACUACCAAAGACUGCAGUCAGAGAUAAUCAGCCAAAAGAAGAUAAUAGUUCCCUAAAAGUUGCAAAUAGCAGUACCACAAAGAAAAACUGCUUUCACAAUAUGGAAGGAAUGUGUACUAAAUCAAUGACAGAUGGAGCAAAUUGUACAGUCACAAUUAAUCAGACGGUGGACGUUAGCACUGAUUUUAGGGCUUGUCUCACAACCAGCAGGGCAACAAGUACAAGACCUUCUGUAGUGUCUACAUCAAGCAACACAGAGGUAACAAUGAUGAAUAAAAAACGACCCGAUGAACGGCGAGAUGAGAAACAGCAAAGUGUGGCUCAUAGUACAGAUUCCUCAUACAGUGAAGAGUGUAUACAUACACAGACGGCUCUGACAAAAGGAUCAGGAAAAUCUCCCUCAGUUGACAGUUUAAAACCUAAUAGAAAUUUUCUAAAUAAGGAUUUCCUGGAAUUAAGAAAACCGGUUGAUAUCACAGACCUCAAGAAACCUCCUGAGAGGGAAGUUCAACUUUUUAAAGAUACGGAGAAGGAUUUGCCAUCAAUGUGCUGUCAGAAAAUAAUGCAGAGAGCCGUAAAAGCAGAGCUGCAACUUUUAAAUGUUCAUUAUCAGAUGUGUCAUCGCCAUUGUUGUGAUAUUUAUAAACUUGUAAUGGAAAACAGGGAAGGAUUAAAUAGGAAUUUGUCAAGUAAUUCUGCUAGGAAGGAAUUGGGAUCCACAGUACUGUCUCUCUUGGGAGACUUAAAAGUUAAAUAUGUAAGUUUGAAAGAAAAAAUACACAAGGGCAUACCACUGGAAGAGCUGCCCCCACUGUCAGUAGAAUCAAAAUUAUUAUCUACCUUCUCUACUUUUGCUUCCAAGCUAAUGAAAAAAGAAACACAUGUUGUUCUCUUUAGCUUUUCAGAAGCAGAUGAUGAUAAUCAAAGGGCUCAUGAUGUUGAUGUUUCUUCGAAACUAAAAAAGACACUCUCUCAAAUGCCUUUAUCAUCUGACACUAGCCAUGCUACACAAAGCAUGUCACCCAGGAAAGAUGUCUUUAAAAAUGGUAAUAUAAAUGCAGACUUCAGUCAACUGAAACUUGAUGAUAAAGACUGCAGUCAUUACCAAGAAAUAAGCGAAGACUGGUUUGAUGCUAAAGAAAACCUGACAGGAGUCGACAUCUCAGGAACACAAGAAAAUCAAAUAGAACAGGACAGAUGCAAUCUGGACCUUACACUAGCAGAAAUGAAGAAUGUUGAACCCUCACAAAGAAAUAAAGGUUAUUUGAUACAUGUUGGUGGCCUCUGCCCUUCAGUAUCUGAGGCUGAUUUAAGGUCUCAUUUCCAAAAAUACCAAGUUUCAGAAAUUUUAAUCUGUGAUUCUUCUAAUUACAGAUAUGCAUCUCUUGCUUUUACAAAACACAGUGAUGCAAAGAUGGCUGUGAAAGAAAUGAAUGGGACAGAAAUAAAUGGAAAAUCAGUACAUGUGCGGCCUGUUAAAAUUCCUGGAGAAUAUACAUCACCACUUUUCUCCAAAAAUGGGAGAAGAAUUAGCUCAAAUAAUUUGGAGAAAAGCACCAACAAAGAAAUCCACUCAGCCUUCUCCAUUUCUAGAUUGCCCAGAACUAGGCCACGGCAGCUGGGAUCUGAGCAAGACAGCGAGUGUUUCCUUUCCAACCAGAAGGGUGUCAAGAAGACUUGUAAGCAAAUUGAAUCUGCUAAAUUAUUACCUGAUACGCCUGUUCAGUUCAUACCUCCAAAUACAUUGAACCUUCGUAGCUUUACCAAGAUUGUGAAGACAUUGGCUGAACUGCAUCCAGAAGUCAGCAGAGACCAUAUUAUAAAUGCACUUCAGGAAGUGAGAAUGAGACAUAAAGGUUUUCUGAAUGGUUUAUCUAUUAAUACUAUUGUGGAAAUGACUUCAUCUGUUCUGAAAAACUCUGCUCCCAGUUAGGAAUUUAGAAAACAAUAAAGAGAACUUCCUUGGAAAGUGUGUUUCUUUCUUCAGAGAAUGUUCUACGGUUCUAAGGAAAAAGUGGUAAUAAUAAGAUGAUGUAAUUAAAUGGGCUCUAUAAAUGGGCUAAGCUGUUAAAAUAUUCUACUUUAUAGCCCUCCUUUAAAAUCUAGCAACGGUUGUCUAUACAAUAUUAAAAACCUUCUCUGUAUAUUUAAAAUUACAAUGUAAUUUUAGUAAGUUUUUAAAUUUUUUCUUUCAAUUGUGUUACUUAGAACAUCAAGGUGCAUAUUUGGGAUCUAAAGAAAUGAUCUUGUCCAUUUUAAAAACUUUAUUAAGUCACUUUUAAAAUAUAUUGAUCAAGAAGGAGGUUUGUUGUUAUAUCAUCAAUGUUUAUGAAAUGAUUUCCAUACAUAAAAAAAUGUAAUUUACCUGAAGUUUGUCUUAAGACUGUUACAUUGGAAUACAGGAUAACAGAUAAACUAUAUCAAUACAUUCAGUGUUAUACAACAUUUUGGAAUGUGUAUGUUUUCAGGCUUCCAAGAUAAUUAAAUUGCUGUUGUGAUACAUUCGAUGCAUUUUUAUGACCUCAGUAUAAUAUAUUCAGGUGUGUUAUUCAUUUUCACUGGGAAGGGUAAACUCACAUGUCUUUUGGUAAAGUACCUUAAUUUAAAUGUUCCCUAUAUUGCUUGCAUUCAUUUUGUGGAAAGUUCUGUUGUAUUGUUAGGACAAUUUUCAAAGGCUAAUUUUAUGCUUUAUCUGAUAGCAAUAUAGAAUAGAUGGUUCUUUAAUUGCUUACUUUUUUAAAGUAAUAUAAUAUUUAGGUUGCAUUUUUAUUAAUAGUAACAUUUUUAUUUAACAUUUAAGUCUGCAUUUUGUUUAAAUGUUUAAAAUGUUUAUAGCAUUCAAUGUUUAGUUGGUGUUACUUGAUGAAAAAUCAGCCAUUUAAUGUUUAUAUUUGAGGUGGUGAUAUUUAAUAAAGGCAUCUAGUCUGUAGUGCCACUGUCAGUUUAACGCUUUCUUCAGGUUCAGUGGCAAAUUAACCUACCAGUGUUGACAUGGGAUAUAUAUGGAUGAUAAGGCAAUAUCCUUAUCAUCCAUAUAUAAACUACUGGAUUUAAAUUUUUUUUUUUUUUUGAGACGGAGUUUCACUCUUGUUACCCAGGCUGGAGUGCAAUGGCGCGAUCUCGGCUCACUGCAACCUCCACCUCCUGGGUUCAGGCAAUUCUCCUGCCUCAGCCUCCCGAGUAGCUGGGAUUACAGGCACGCGCCACCAUGCCCAGCUAAUUUUUUGUAUUUUUAGUAGAGACGGGGUUUCACCAUGUUGACCAGGAUGGUCUCGAUCUCUUGACCUCGUGAUCCACCCACCUCGGCCUCCCAAAGUGCUAGGAUUACAGGUGCACGGCCCUGUUUUCUCUUUUAUAGGAUUUAUAAAAGAAUUGAAUAUAUUUGAGAAUAAGGUUUUAUUUAACAUGUUUAUUUCUCCAGUUUUUACCAGAUCUACCCCAAAUGUCUACCAGGAAUUGGGUUCCACAAAGUAAAAAUAAUCAUCAUAAUUUAAAGGGCUAUCUUUAAUGUAACUGGAAAGCCAUUGGCUUUAGCCAUAUAUCAAAUUAGUAAAAUCCUAAUUUUACUGACUAAAUUACUAAUUAAAUUUUACUGGAAUUGUGGAUAUUUUUCCUCUAUGUUAAUUAUAUGGUUAUUUAUAUUAAAAGGCAACAUUCAGAGUUAGCAUUGAAUAAAGGAGCAACAUGGAAUAGGUGUUAUUUUCAGCAUACUCGCAGAAAUAAGAACAUAUCUCUCAUCAUUUGUUUCUCAGAGGAAUGAUGGAGUGGAAUUCCAUCUUAGAAUACAUAAAAAUUACUGCCUUUGAUUUUGGGAAAAUAUAGAAACAGUCAUUUGAAAUUAUAACUUACAGGUUUUUGGAAAUAAAGUCCUAUCCAAAAGCUAAUGGUAAAGGUCAGGCAGCGUUUGUAAAUUAAAGAGCUUUCAUCUGUGGCCUGUAAAUUAAUAGCUGUUAUGAAGCAUCCUUAGUUAAAUUUAGAAAUUAGAGUUAUUUUUCAUGAAUCUUUUGGAACAUCAAGUGAAAAAUGUGUUUAUCUUAUUCUUUAAAAUCUCUAACUUGAUAUUAGAUAAUUGAAUAAAAUUAUUGCAGAAUUUUAAAAGACUGGUCAAACUGUCCAAGUUUUCAUAUAUCUUCACUAGCAAAAAUUCAGAUAAUUUAACAUAUAUUAUUGCUCAAAAGCAUUUUUCUUUCACAUUGUUGUAUUGGAUACCAAAGAGCACUUAGCUGUAUCAACUAGAAUAUAUAGAUAAUCAUUAAUAUGUUUGGAGAUAAUCAGAGAUUUGGAAAGUUGUAAAUACCGUAGAUGAUCAGCAAAAGCCGUGGAACUAAAAAUCCCUAACUGGUUCUGCCUGAUGUCAAUCUUUAUGAGAUAAUAUGCAUGACUCAGACGCUCAAUCAAACCGGUGAUUUCUCUUUUAAAAAUGGAUUUCAACCAGUAGUGUGUAUAUAAGGGCGUUAAGUACUGCUUUUUCAGUAUUGGCCAUUGUUACUUAUUAUCAAAUGCCUAUGUGGCAUAUAGAAACAUCACGUUUCACAUGUGGGCAGAACAAUAGUCUUCUAAGAUGUCCUGUUAUCUGGAUCCUGUGAUAUCUUGUGCAUGACAAAGGGAAUUAAGGUUACAGAUGCAAGUAAGGUUGUUAAUUAGCUGACUUUAAGAUUAGGGGCUUAUUCUGGAUUAUCUGGCUGGGCUUAAUCUAAUUACGUGAGUCCUUAAAAGCAGUAGAGGAGGCAGAAGAGAGAACCAGAGAAAUGGCAUUGUGAGAACACACUCCUGCUGGCUUUGAAGACAAAACAAGGGGCCAAGAACCAGUGGACAGCCCCCAGAAGCUGGAAAAGGUGGCAAACGGGCUCCCUAGAGCCUCCUGAAGGAAUGCAUCCUUGCUGAAACCCUGAUUUUAGUCUAGGGAGAUGUGUCAGACUCUGGCCUACAGAAGUGUGAAAUAAAUAUGUAUUGUUUAAGCCACAGUUUUCUGAGUCUGCCUUUGCUGGCACUGAGCACGUGGCUGGCUGAGGGCAGCACAGGAGUGUGAAGUGUGCACUGGGAUUUGGUGGGAUUUUUUUCCCUGUUACUCAGUUCCUUUGCAGUUGGAACAUUCUCCAAGUAAUGCUGAGGACACUUUUAUAUAGAAUUUAUUUUUCACUUCCUGUUUUUUGUUUGUUUUGUUUCUUUGGGUGAAUAGGGAAAUAUGUAACUGCUGUUCUCAGCUACUUCCAAGUGUUUUAGUUUUAACAGUGACUUCCUGCAGGACUUGAAAAACUGAUACUUGAUGAAGCUGAGUUCCCUGAGAUACUUCUGUUUUUGUUAGUGUUCAUCUAACAAUUGCACAAUGUAAACAACUCACAGAACUAAGUUGUUACUGCUUAUAAACUUGUCUUUGGAA